AUGGCCACUCACAUUGUACCAGCCAAAGUGCCCCUUGCCGGGAACACCAUCUCAAUAAUGCUCGAGAUGGUUACAUUUGGCAUUCUAGCGGUUUGCUUGACCCGACGAACUCAGAAUAUUGCGAAGUGGAAGGCUUUGCCUCUGGCAACGUGGCUUGCUCUUAUCAUUUACAUCGAUUCGGCUCUCUUCGUCUUCGUCACCGCUGUUCUCACAAAAGGCAUCGGCAUCAACGCAUCCCACAGCAUCUGCGAAGUAGGCAUUCUACUUUGCCUGCUUUGCUACAUGACCACCAAAGUCCUUAUCUAUUACUUCCUCGUCGAACGAGCUUACAUAGUUCGCGGCAGCCGCCAGCCGCGCCUGAAGACGAAGCUUUGGCUGUUCAACUGCUUCGGGAUGAUCUUGCCCUAUGUCAUAGUCGUCAUCUUGAACUUUGUCUUCCGCAUUGCAUACAUCAACGAGGAUGGAGUGUGCAUUAUAGGCAUGGAGCAGAAAGCUAUGCUUCCGCUCAUCUCGUUCGACGUUGUCGUUAAUGUCUACCUCACCCUGCUAUUCAUCCUUCCUUUGCGGAAACUCUACUCCUACCGAAACAACAAAAACACCCCCCUCCACAUAAUGGCCUUCCGCAGCUUCGUCGGCAGCUGCGCGACCCUCACCUCCAGUGUCAUCAACCUCACAGUCCUCAUGGUCCUCCGCGGUGAGCCCGGCUGGAUCUGCCUCAUGUGCUGCAACGCCGACAUUCUCUUCUCCGUGCUUGUCCUCCACUGGGUCACGCAAAUCGACCGCAAUCCCAGCUCCACCUCCACCGCGUCGCAGCCGCAGUUCAGCAUCGCCAACAACACUAAUAGCCGGAAUGUGUUGAUUGGCCCGUGCCAACUUAACUCGUGGUCUGGCGGCAGUGUGGUAGCGGAGCCCCAGAAGGCGCUUGGCUCCAUGACGACGGAGUGCAGAGCCGCGCGGCAGGAGAGGAGACGGGAGAGCGACGAGGAUAUCGUGGAGCUGGGAGGCAUACAUGUGCAUACGGAGACGACGACAGACGUUGAGGUUGAUGAGCGGAGCGAGGCUAGACGGGGGAGCUGCAGAGCGGAGAUUGUGAACGCGGAGAAGAUGGUUUAA